AUGGCUUCUGUAUCGUCGCUAGACCAGGACAUGCGCAACUUGCGCUUGUCCAAAUACACUCCGCAAGCCGCCAAUGAGAUCCGUUCUUGGAUUGAACAAACUCUCGGCGAAACACUGCCAUCUGGCGACCUUCUCCGGGAUGUACUCAAAGACGGCGUGGUCCUGUGCAGACUCGCCAACUUGGCUCUCCCUGCUCCUGGCAUCAAGUUCAAAAAGUCCGCCAUGCCCUUUGUCCAAAUGGAAAACAUCUCACACUUCCUGCGAGCGUGCGAAUCCCCUCCGCUAAACAUGCCUGCCCACGACCGUUUCCUGACCGUCGAUCUGUUCGAGUCGAAAGAUCCCGCUCAAGUUCUGCAGUGCAUCAGCGCCUUCAGUCGCGUUGCUCAUGCUGUCAGUCCGGCUAACUUCCCCAACACCAUCGGUCCCCAAAGGAGCGCAACCUUGAGUCCCGCUGGUGCUGGCCCUACCACCAGGAAUGCUCGUACCGUUCCGCCAAGUCCUCUAUCUGCGAAACCCUCCUAUGCAGUACCUUCCGCCAAACCCUUGAGCCCUGCUUUAAGUGGAGGAUCACCAGGCUCGCGCGCAUCCGACAACGGUCUCAAAUCAACCCGAGGCACAGUUAGUAGCUGGACCAAGGCAGGCGAUCGGGGAAACACUGCUCCCGCAUGGAAUAUUGCUCAAUACGGAUAUAUGGGUGGUGCCAGUCAAGGCAACCAAGGUGUCAUGUUUGGUGGCAGACGACAAAUCACUACUGCUGCACCUCAUGUUCCUGGUCAAGGUGAAUCUGGCUUUGAGAAGAGACGCCGCGACAGAGAAGCCGAGGAAGAACGCCUGCGACAAGAGGCCGACGACGCCGAAUACAAGAGGAAGACCGAACAGGAGGCUGAGGAAGAGCGCGAUCGCAUGGUUGAAGAACAAAAGUGGGAAGAAGAAACUCGCCGUACACGAGAACAGGAACGACAACGCAUUCUGGAGCAAAAACGACAAUGGGAGGAGCAAGAGCGCAGAUGGAAGGUCGAAGAGGAGGCUCGUCAGAGAGAACAGGAGGCAGACACGGCCGACGUGAAAGUAAAAGGACAACAAGCCGAUCAAGAUGCUCGUAGGCCCAGCGCGCAUGAGGAUACGCCGGAAAGGCUCAGAGUGCGCGACCUCGAAAAGCAGCUCGAAGAAGCAAGGGAACGGGAACGCCAGUAUCAGCAAGAGCGCGAGGAGCGUCAAAAUAGCAUACAUUCGCGACCUUCUACUGCGAGGUCGGAGCAGGCAGCAGACCCGGUGCAAAGGGCACCCUCACCAAAAGACAGCGAAGUAUCCUGGGCACCAGUAGAGGAUGAGGUGUUAAACAGGAAAGUGGCUGCGCCUGAGACGAGCCGUGGCUCAUCGCGACCCCUUCCCACGCCGUCAUCCAGACAAACGCCUGUGCUUCCUGAACGAACAGCAUCUCCAGCAGGACCACGGCCUCUACCAGAUCCUUCGGCAUACCGACCUGUCUCGCCAGCGCAGACACGCACCGACCGGUAUCUCGCCGACAACCCAGCACCCGUGUCGACUAAGCCGGUUGCUCACCAGCCACGAGAGAUGGGAUACACAUCAACUUAUGAAGAGCAAAGCGACAGAGAGCGCCGGAUUGCAUCGCAACAAACGACAAAGGCAGGAGGCUGGGCAUCCAAAUCACUUCUGGAACGAGAAAUGGAACGUGAACGCGAGAGACAGCGAGAGUGGGAAGCUAAUCAGCAAACGAACAAGGAAGUAGCCAAAGACUUGAACCAAGGAAGUGGCGCUGGACAAAGCUGGGAUGUGCAUCAAUAUGGCUACAUGGGAGGAGACAGCCAGAACCGAGGUAGCAGUUCGGGCAGUGGGAUUGGAUUUGGUGGACGGCGCCAGAUCAUCGGACCCCGCCCUCCCCCAGGCUCAUGA